AUGAUUCAAACUUUAGUCAACAACGACAUGCCGCCAACUGAUAUUAUGCAACUGCCAGGACACAAAAACGUUCAACGUAUCACUAGCUACUCUACUGUUUCACAGAAACAACACUUAAACAUGUCUCACACUCUCACUGGAGUCUGAAUUCAGGAGAAAUCGCUCCCUCAGGCUGGCUCUUCUAUUCCGGAGAAAAGGAAGCACGAGUUUGACGAACUCACUCAUCCAACAUUUCAUUCAACUUUUUCUCAGCAAAGCAAGCAAGCAGCACAGCAGCCCCUUUCUCUUUUUUUGGGUGCUGUUAUAAGCGGAGAACAUAUCAGUGUGGCGAUAAACACUUUAAAUCAAUCG